AUGGCUGAGAAGUCUGCAUGUACUCCAAAUAGUUUGUGGAAGGAGAUGUUUUCUCCCAUUGUAGAACUCGCAACGUUGGCUUUGAUAAUAUGGAGCAAUCGUGGAUCACUUUUUGUGCCCUUUAUAGGCGACUUGCACUCUCAUAAAGUGACAAUUUUUGCUACUUCCUUGUUAUUGGUAUGUCUUCACCUUGCCGACAGAGGUAGAAAAAGCAGACACAGGGGUUUAUUAUAUCGUGAAACGUCUAGACAAGGAAUUGUUGUAGGUGCAGUUAUAUCACUAACAUUUGGCUUGAUUCAAAUAAGUCAUUCCUCGCGGCAUUCUUCAAGCAAAACGAUAUCCUCUGGCCCAGAGAUGACAAAUCUCUCAUACGUUUAUGCUCAAUAUACUUUGGCAAUGUUUAUUGCGACGAUACUUUAUGGUUUUUUGUUCAUUUUGAAUAUAGACAUUACAUUUGCUGCUCCUGUGAUAAUGCUGUCGCUUGGAUUUCUCCAGGAUCAUUUCACAGAUACAAAUUUCUUGAUUCCACUAACUGCAGCUGUUGUGUAUGUUGCUGUGUAUAUGGCCGUUGUCAAGCUUUGUCCAAGAAGUUUUUCUAUUGGAGAAGCAGUCAUUCUUUCACAAGGCCUCACAUUUUUGCUUAUUGAUUACACUUUUUUGCUUCUGCUAAAAAGUGGUUAUGGUGAACUUUUAGGGAUGCAGAAUUUGGAUAUGCUAGAGACCAGAGUACAAGAAACAUUGUUUCUCUCUACUUUGUUGGCCUGCAGUUUUUUCAUAUCAGUUUGUCUGAGCCCAGUUUUCUACUGCCUUGCAUGGUAUGCAAAAACAGCACAUGACUCAUUGAUAUAUAGCACUGCCUUUUAUAUUGGUGGUGUAAUGAAUGUAAUAGCAAUUUUUGUGCCAUCCAGCUACAUUGUCCUUGGUGUGAAUCCAGUUUGGUAUCUCAUUUCAUUUGCCAAGCCAUCAAUCAUGCUGAUUGUCUGUUAUUGGGCUGCUCUGCUUGUUCUUGCAAUAUCGGUUGUCGUAUGGAAUAAAAAUUACAAUACAGAUAAAAACAACAAGAAAAUACCAAACAUAGUCAUCAGGAAAUUUUUUCAUUUCAUUGGCAUACUUAUUUUUGUCCCAGGUAUAUAUUUUGAACCAAACUUUACGAAAGUGGCAUCUGGUGUUGCUGUUGCUGUAUUGGUAAUUUUGGAGUAUGUCAGAAUAUUUACAAUAUACCCUUUUGGGAAUACUUUGAACAAAUAUUUGACAACAUUUGUUGAUGAAAGGGAUAGAGGCUAUCCUAUCCUGACACAUUUAUAUUUGCUACUCGGUUUCUCUAUACCAAUCUGGAUAUUUCCAUUCAAUUCAGUUCAGCCUAUCAAUCAAUUACUUCCAUACUCUGGAGUCAUAUCGUUAGGUUUUGGAGACACAUUUGCUUCUUUAAUUGGUAGAUUUUAUGGGAAAACAAGAAUCCCUGGUGGUUCAAAGACAAUUGUUGGAACAUUUGCCUGCUUUUUGAGUCAAAUGAUUGCUUGCAUUGUCCUGUUAGCAUGGUACAGUGAAAAAUUCUAUUUGGCCAGAGCUGCAAGAUUGGCUUGUGCAAUUUUGGCAACUUCAAUAAUGGAAGCUGUUACUGCACAAAUAGAUAACCUGAUUCUGUCACCAGUUUUGUUUAUGAGUCUUUUUCUAGUUGAGAUUUAGGUUAAAGCCUGUUUUUAUUCAAAGUUAUAGUGAUAAUUUCUAUUGAAAUCAUUUAUUUUGUAAUUUUUAAAAUUAUUGUCAAUUAUCUUUAGUACUUAACUGAAUUGUGAAAAUGAAGAUUAGAUAGAAAAAUAUUUGAUAUAAAUGAAUGAUGUAUUAAUUAAUUUAAGAAUUUUUUCAGUGCUUAGUAACUGUCAUUUUCUUAUUAUUUUUCCAUUAAUUUCUGGAUUCUACAGGUCCUUUUGCCUUACCCCGCUUUUUAAUUAAAGAUUCCAGCAGGGUUGCUGUGGCACCUUAGAAGCACUUAAUACAUGUUAUCAGAAUUAAUAGCACCUUAUCAAAGAAUAUUGACUCCUACUGCACCCUUGGGUUCCAGUUUUGACUUGACCAAAUAUGUAAGAAGGUCUUAAGAACUUAAAGUGGGUUUAGAAAAAUUUUGGCUAAAGUUUUCUGGACAAUUCAAUUUUUGAUGGUCUGGAUAAGAAACAAAUUUCCAAGGAUAUUCAGUGCAAAUAUGAAACCUUGUUUAUAAUAAAGUAGCAUAUUGGCAAGAAGACAUCAGAGAUUGGACCAAACUAGAAUGUUUGCAGGCUUACCAUCAAACCCCAGGGGGUCCAUUCGAUUUGGGGUUCUUUCCAAAUGGCUACUAAAUGGCCCACUUUCCAUAAUAAAACUACCACUUGACAUAAUCUUAUCUUUUUUUAUAGAAAAUUAAGGAGAUCUUAUCUUUCCCAAAGCACAGGCAAGCACAAAGAAAUGGAUGCUACCAAGGGCACAAUUUCGUUUCUUAUGCUACCAUUUGAGGGUUAUUGUCAAAAAAGACUACCAUUUGAAGGGUAAUUUUUUGACACUUUAGCUUUGGUCCUUUUUACUCCUUAAAAAUUUGGGUGUUCUUAUUUUUUGGGCUAAAAGAUUAUGAUGAUGAUGAUGAUGAUGAUGAUGAUGAUGAUGAUGAUGAUGAUGAUGAUGAUGAUGAUGAUGAUGAUGAUGAUGAUGAUGAUGAUGAUGAUGAUGAUAAUGAUGAUGAGCAUAUGGGGAAAAUAUUUUUGUGUGCUGUUAUGAUGUGUAGGAAAAAGCAAUGCUUAGAAUAGAAACCUACUUUUAGAACUUAAUACUUUUGAGCUAAGAUCAGAGAGUCAAAGAUCGAUGUUGAUAAGGUGGUAUCGCCACCCCGCCUGAGUACGAAAUAACGUCGAGUCUCGGGUCCCUGUGAUAUUUCAUGGCGGGAAAACCUAUUUUUUCAAAAGAGUCGCAUUUAAAAUUUUUUCUACAUAUAGGAACGAUUUGGGAUGAAAGCAUAUUGCCUCUGCUUUGUCACAUGUAAGUUUAUUGUGAGUUUUAGAUUUGGAUAACACAAUUUUGUAUGAAAAUUUUUUAAUUGUGGUGGUUGUACACUGGGGUUGCAAAAGGAUGGAAAUGGUAGGUCAAAAUGGCGAGGCUAGAAAGGCGAGAAAGUCGCAUUAUGAGUGUUUUACAGGAGUUGAUCAAUCUUUUUGCAGUCAUUUGUUUAAAGUUGACAAUAUAUAACCUCCAACCACAUUCGAAGAUGCAUGCAACAACCAUUCUUAAUUAUAAUAGCAAAAUUAUAAUAUCGAUAAUAGCAAAACCUGCUGUUUAUGAAACAAGUCUAAGUGAUCCCUUUUUGAUAUACUGUGCUAAAAGGUUUAGAGUAGAGUAGGAAACACUGGUAGAAAACAAAAAGAGAACAUUUCUUCCAGACAAAUCGGUAAUUACAACAAUUAAUACUUUCUAAGAUUGACGUAGGAACUGGGAGCUCAGCAAGUGCUACCACUUUUCAGAACCAUGUCCCUUAUUUGCGUUCUAAGUGAUCUUCAGCAAGUUGACUGGAAAAUAAUUGUUUCCAGCAGUGUUGAUUUAUAUAACAUCGUUGAAAAUUUCCUCAUUGGUCCUUUAUAAGCUUGUGCACCUUUGCGCUACUGGAUGGAGGUUUUAAGAAAAGCGUAUUAAUGGCUGGCUGACUUGGGAUUUCAAAUGUUUGUCUGCUGCAAGUGACACGAUCGAGAAUCAGAGCUGUACCUUAUUUCGAGGUUUAAAUGUUUAAUAGAUGCUUAUCAAUGUCCAGGGACAGAGAUUUAAAGGGAGACGUUCUAAUUACAAGAUUGUCAAGGUGAUCUUGAAAGUAGAUUCUAAACUUUUAGCAUGAGUCUCAACAAAAAGUCAAAAACGACUAAAAUCCAGUCGCUUGAUUUAAACUGUAAGCAUGUAACAGACAAUAAUGCUAUCGGCUAAGCUAAUUAAUGAUUCCCUUUGCGAUAUGACCAAUCGUUUUCGUUGCAAACCUUACAAAAAGUAAUCCCCCUCCUUGACAGUGAGCUGGAAGUCUACUCUGAAAAUCUCAAAUUUAAGUCAAAUCCUUGGUAGAUUAAAAACUUCAAAGGGUUUAGGCCCUGAUAUCAACGCUAACCAAUCCCUGAAGAUCGGAUUAUCGGUCAUUGAAAAGAUUCCUGUUAGUGCCGCGGGCCGGCGGUCUACUGGCUCGGCGUGUCGCGGGCCGGCGGUCCACCCAAGCAUCUUUCUUAAAGACUGAAUGACCGCUCGGUAUAUAUUGAUUUCUGUGCUCCAAUUUUUAGCAAGACUGUCGAUAAGUUGAUUUUCCACCAACAAUAUGAUUAUCUGCGCAAAAAUUAAUUCCUGUUUUCUGUUCAAGGAAGCUUUGGAGCACUUUAUACUGGAAUGUGCCAACCUGUAAUAUGCUUGCUCUCUGGCAUAAAUGACUGGCCAAUGAUGAUGAUAUUGAGAGUGGAAAAGUUGCAGCAAAAUGUGGGCAUUUACAUAGAAAGGCGUUAUAUUUUUGUUGAUCAUGCCAUUCUUAUACAAGAGCUAUCUAAGUACGCUAUUCCAGAUCUUGACCUUUAAUGUCUCUAAUCGUAUCUUAGCAAAAAGCAUCAAUUAACCAAAGUCAAUAGAACUGAUGUACCUAAAUCGGCAUCAUCAGAUGUGGUGUUCCGCAAAGCCCUUGAUUAGGUCCACUACUCAUUCUUAUCUAUACAAGCGACAUGCCACUGUUGCCGGAUGAUGAAUUAAGCUUGAAACUCGGAGUAUCAACAUAGAACCGUCUUGUCCUAAACAACAAAUAGAUUUCUGCCUUAACGGUAUCAAGAACUUUAUGACAGACCGGUAAACAGUAAUUUUCAUAAACGAUGGGCUAUAUGCCUUCAAAAAAUUGCCAUGCAGCGUUUUGAACGAGAUCGUAGAACUUGUAUAAUUUUAAGAAAAUUAUGAAUUUGUGAAUGAAUAAUGUUAAUAAAACAUUCUGUAUCAGUUACACAACAUUCUGAAGUAGUGCUGUAUUGAAAAAACUAAUGAUAAAAGUAUAAACAACAACCAAAUUUCAGAUAACUACGAUAGAUAUACUUGCGUUCGGAUAAAAAACAAAUUCAACCGCAGAAUUUAUGCCAUGCGUUAAUAAACCCGCUUUCAAGUAGAACACAUCAUAGUUUAAUGAUAUAGUGGGAUUGUUAAAUUUGAAAUCAAAUCAAAUUGCAGCUUCCAUUGAAAACAACCCUGAUAAAAAAGUCUGGCCAUUAUUAGAUACACUCAUUUUUUUUAUAAGAAACAAAAGUCGAUGUUGAGUACUCCAGUUUCUUAAUGUUCUGGAAAUUUCAAUACUCAUUGUUUCUUAAGAGUUUCUUAAUUAUGAUGUCAUGAAUGAUGUUAUGAAAUGUUCGGGACCUUUUUUAUCACGUCAAGAGAUUCGCUUCCGUUCUGAUGCUGUAUUUAGAUGUGGAAAGUAUAUUUUUAUCGCUUGUGUCUUGAUUUCUAGGCCUUCAGGGCAAUCUUGUUCUUGGAUUUUACAAAAUUUCGUUGUUCUCAGUUUUAUCACGAUUUAAUAGUUUCUUAAUUUUUUUGCUUCGAGCACUGAAGUUUCUUAAUUUUUUCUGACUGUCCAGUACUCGUUUCUUAUAGCCAGUUUCUUAUAUAAAAAAAUGAGUGUAUUCAUGGUCGUUUAAGCCUGGUUUCCAUAUAGCUGUGAUAUGCCGUAAGGUUGCCGCAACAAUUUCAACUUAAAUGGAAACACCCUCUCCCAGUACCGCUGGAAGCGGCAACCAUGAUGGUGCUGACAAAUUGAAACGUAGCUAGAUCGAUGACAACUAGAGGAGUAGAGAUCAAACGCCAAACUGACGCAAUGCAAGAAAGGAUUUAUAAUCUUUCAUUAUUGUUUUACAGUCAAUUUGAAUCAGCAUUUAGUAGAAUUUGACAAGAUCAGUUAAGUCAUCUGGUGCAUUUCAAUAUUAUAAGACAAGUAUGUUGAGCCGUUGUGACAAUUUCCACAAUCGGGACAAUUUGCCAGGGUCUCGACUGUUGGAGGUGCCCAACUAUUGUCAUCAAACAAAAAAUAUUCCCUCUUUCAGAAUUAAAAUUAAAAAUACUCUCCCGUCAUAAUUCUUAAGCUAUAAAUCGAUUUAUUUAGAUUUUUCUAUUGCACAAAAAUUGUAAACAAAUGAAAAGGAACCGACAGUGGAGCCUCGAUUUCGAUCUCGUUUCUCACGUGCGUAAACAAAAUGGCUGAAUGUUUGGCAUCAAGUUUGGAAAACGAAAUGUACGCAGCCCUUUGCUGGAUGAUAAAUGCACAAGCUACUAAAAAGUUAAAAGUACAUUGUAUGGAAAUAUUUUUACGGUUCUACAAAAUAUAGUGGAUUUACAAUAACAGUGUCACAAUCAUGUUGGCAGAACUCAGGGUCAAAUCACUGAUCUCAAAAAAAGACAAACAGUGAGUAAACAAUCCUCCUUUCUUUAGUGAACAAAUAGCGCAUAAUUUACUUACUCUCAUCACAUUUAAGGUUUUAUAAUACGCCAGUUUUUGGAUUGAUAUAAUUUAAAUGUGAUUGAUUAAGCAGUUGAUUAUAAACUAAACUUUGUAUGUAUGUAUGGAAAAUGUGUAAAAAUGCAAUAAUGUACCAUAUCUCUGGCAAACAUUGUGUCUGUGUUUGAUUUCUAGUGGAGAUUAUUGUAAAUCCUAUUUGCUAUAAAUUUGAUUUGCCAGCUGCCCCUCUUGUCUUGUCAGACACCAAGGAGUGGGGGGGGGGGGGGCUAUAGCCCCCAAACCCUUCUCUGCAGUACCUGCCUUUGAUAGGGGCAAAGUUGACCUAAGUGCCCUUUUAAUAAAAUUUCCUUUGGCAUCAGCCAUUUGUAAUUAACAAAGAGAUUUCUGUGAAAUGCCAACUGUGAGCCUUAUUCAUGACAAAGUAUCUCAAAACUUGUAAAAACGUUCUUGUGACAGCAGUUCACCCAUUUUCAAGAUGCCUGCAAUAAAUUGUAUUAAAAUAACAACCCUUUUACUGAAAACUGUCCCCUUGCCCCUUCACCAUUCUGGCAUCCCUGAGAUACCAUGAUGACAUGAGUGCCAGGAUGCAUUCUAUGUAGCAAAUCAUGAUAAUCUUGGGCAUGGGUUUAUGUUCUUUGAUGUGGCAUUUGCUUGAGAUAAGCAUUUGCUGGUAUGUGGCAUACACAUGGCAGUUUGAAAGAAGGCUCCAGGGGGCCAUGGCCCUAGGCUUAUAGGGGGGGGGUCCAAGGGGGCCCUCACUUUAGAAAAAAACAUAAAUUGUAAAAAGCAAGGGCCCCUCAGAUGUUUUGGCCCUGGUCCUUGCAUUCUCUAAAACCCCUGCAGAGCAUUCACAAAAAUUUUGGUGAAAUGGCAUGACAGCACAGUGAAAAGCUCUUUCAGUGAUUGUUUGUUUGCAUUUUCAGAAAUGUUAUCCUCAAUUGCAUAUGAAACUUGACAUACACAUGGUUUAUCCUUGGCAAAUGUUUGGCACAAGUGGAGCUAUCUUGUUUCAUUCUUAGGGGGUUGGUCUGCAGAUAAGUGGUAUGGCCAAUUUUUGCAAGAUUUUGGGUGCAUAACACUUAUCAGGUGCAGGUAUGCAAAAUUAUGUGAAAAUACCAGGUUUGCUAUCACUAUCAACUUUUCUAGUACAGUCUGUAAUAUGAAAAUCAACUAUGUGUGGGGUUUUCCAUAUCUUGAUUGAUUUGCAGAUGCAAUCAGGGUUGCCAUUUGGCCAUUUUGAUGGCCAAAUUCCUCCAUUCUGACCAUUUUUCAAAGCUGUUGACCGACCAAAAUUGAUUUGGCUGAAAAAGUGAAAAUUGGUCGAUAAUUUUGGCAGAAUUUUGGCUGCAAAUUAAAAGCCACAAAAAUACAAAGAAAACAGCAACUUUAGCACAGACAAUAUUCAACAUUUUGUUAAAAUAAUCUCAAAAUUGCAAAUAACAAAGCAAAAAACAAAGUAAAAGAUAGCAGAAAAUUGAAAUUGAAAGCAAGUGGGAGCUUUUUGUAACAAACAAAGUAAUUUUUGAUUACACUAUUACUCUACAGAUAUAGCAAAAAAGGAGCUUUUUUGUCUGUUUUGUUUGGCUGGCCGAAUUUGGCCGUCAACCAUAAAUUAUUUGGCUGCCAACCAUUCCAAGUAUCUGGCGACCCUAGAUGCAAUAGCAUAUGAUCUGUUAUCAGGAAAUAUAGGAUGCCUUGAAAUAAACUGAACAGAAACCAAGAUAAUUGACUGAGAAUUUUCUAUAAAAUUGUUAUAUGUUCAUAGAUUCCAUGGUCUGUUGAAGCAUUGCCAUGAAAUGUCACAGACUUAGGUAUCAUAGCAGAUGUUCAUAAAAGCAUAUUUUACCAUUUGAUCAGGCUAUUUUGCACUAUAAUAUGAAAAUCGCAGAAUGCAUAGCUUCUAUGUGACGCUGUUGUUGUAUUGCAUGUUGGUUUAUUUUGACACAUUGCUAGAAACCAAGAGAACUGCCUUUAAAUUUUGAGACUUUUGCUUCCUGCUGCUCUAGAAGUCUUUAAAACAAAUUUUCUUAUUUUAAGGCUGCUGAAUUCGAAAGAAAUUUUUCCUUGCAGAUUUUCCAUGUUGUAUGGGGAACAGCAAAUUUUCCUUGCAAACCGUUUUAAUGAGGAACUGCAAAUUCUUUUACAAAAAAUCUACAAAACAUUUCCAACUACUUCCUCGUUGAACGAAUUCAAUAUGUAUAUUUGGUUAUUGAGCCAAGAAGAUUAUAUUACAACAAACCUUUUAGGGACUUUCUGCAAAAAGUCCAUUGAAAAAAGAUCAAAAUUUUUAAGCGACCCCACAAGCAUUUUAGAUUAACAGCUAAUAAUUUUGUAGUUUAGUAGCUUUUGCUGAAAGUUUAGCUUUGUAUUCACCAUAGUUGUUUUGUUAUUGAUGCAUGGUUUAAAAAUUGUAAUUGUAAAAUUGUAAUUCGGUGUAGUACUGUAAGCAGUUAAGGGCAAUCUCGGCCUAGAUACUUGAAUUGCAAAAAAGAAAAAGUAUGUGCUAUGGUUUUCUCACCUUGGAUAUUUUAGGUGUGUUUAGAGGCGAUCACAUGCCUCAUAAUGUGAAGACAGCCACUAUAAUAUUUUUUAGUGUACAUGAGAACAGUAAUCUAUGUAGGCACUAGAUAAAUCCAUCCAUCAACUAAUCUAACAAAAUAAACACUGUACAUUAUACCAGACGCACUGAGAUUCUUUUUUGCAUAAUAAAUAAACCAGCCACCAUGUCCAUAGGUUGCUAUGCUGGGUAUUGUCAGCUUACAAUAUUCAAACAAGCAUUAUUGCGUUUUUGAUUUCUCUUUCUUGACGUUCUUGGAUUCCCUGUUUCAGGUUCUUGCUCAGCUCCUCAAAAUUGGUAUGUCAAUUUCACCCCUGGUGGGUCUUUCAGACAUGUUGCUUGAAAGGUCGACUAAUCAAUUUGCAGAUCACUAGGUGAUAUUAAUGACAUGGCAAGUCACGUCUUGAUUGACAAGGCAGCGAGUAGUUAAAAUUUUAGUGUCUACUCAAGAAGAAAAAUUUCCUGAUUCAAAAGAGAUAGCAGAUUUUAUAUGUGAAAAGAAUGAAAGUUUCGAGUCCAGGACGAUACCAGGAUAUACUUCUUUACUUUUUUUACCUUCGUCAACAAGACAAGGUCGCACUAGUUAUCUGUUACCGAUCUCAUCUUAUUCCUCAAAGUGGUCAUUUGUUAACAUCCUGACAAAGCUGUAGUUCCAACGAGAGUACUAAUUCUCGGUUUUCGUCUUACAAGGAAUGGUGAAGUUGUCUUCUUGCGAAAACACUUGGAACUUUGUUCGACUACAGAAUGCAUUUCAAGAGAUGUGACGCAUAUGUGUAAACAUUUAUACCUCUGCGUAUUAUGGAAAGAGUUUGCAAAAGGGUUUCGAGUUCCCAAUGAUCUAUCAAUUUAUAAACUACGUAAGGUCUUAUGUGCCUUUUUAAUUCUAUUAUUUACAACAAAGUUACGGUAGCUUUAGUUUCAGAUUGUUUCAAUGUUUCUACCAAGGGCCAAGAUUGUUUCAAUGUUUCUACCAAGGGCCCCUGGAUCGAGGGAUUUUUCUACGAAGUAUGUUGUUAUGUAGUUCCUAGGGAAAAACAUUGUUUUCUACUUUUUCAGGACUGCAAAUUGUUCUUCUCACUAAUCACUAGGUAAUCUCGAUAUUUUUAAUUUCUAAGAAGCCAAAAACGCUUUGGAAAAUCGAGAACAGUGGUCUUUCAUUUCAAGACGAAGGUCACACUCCCCCCCCCCAAGUUUUGUUGCCAGCAACUUUCUUGAGGCCCACUUGAUGUUCAGUUGAAGAGAAAAUGGAAUUGGAAUGUAGCGUUUUAAGGUAAAAAUAUACCUCUUUCUUUCCUUUCCAUAUCGUUUUGACUCUAUUGUGGAAGAAUACACUAUUUCCUUGAUUAAAUAACCCUUCUGCGAAAAAGCGCCUCACUCAAAUUGGCGCACCCUGAAGAAGACAAAGUUCAGAAUAAACGCCUCUAUCCAAUAAGAGCCCCCAAAACAAUGAAUUUUAUUGAUUCUGUUAGUUUUUUUUAAUUAUUUUCUGCGAAAACGACUAAGACUACUAGAUGAUUAUUCUCUUGCCCCCGGAUUACUCCCAAUAAAUAGCCAUUCCAAUAGCCCCCUCUGCUGAAUAAACCAGAAUGACGAGUUAGAUAGGGCGCACGAUUAGAACAGCAUCCAUGUCGCAACACAAUGUUUUGGCAGAACUCUUUUUGGCUAUUAGUUCCUUAUGCAAAAUUAUUGUUGAUUUUUUCUGCUAUUUUCGUGAAUUUUGCAAUCAACCCCCUCCUCUCUAAUAGCUGCCCAAUUCGAAUAGGCGCCCCCCCAAUAAUGCUGAAGUUUACAAUAUCCCCGGGGCGUUGAAUCGAGGAAAUACGGUACAAACAAUAGACUUGUUACUUCAGCUGUUCCUUGUCAAAGGGGAAUUCUAGCAACAAAAGCAACAUUCUUCGAACGUUGGCUGGUCAUUCCUUUUAGUGGAAUUCAAACAAAUGACUUUGGAAUGUUUCAUUUUAGGCCCCUUUAGACCACUGUACAAAUUGUUUUGAGAUGCUGUCUAUUAGAUUUAUAUUUUCAAUUUCAUUUUUAGAGGCAGGUAGCUCCUACCUCAUUCCGUCAACAAAUCAUGCGAUGGCUGUCUUAUUAUCUUAAAGCAAUGAUCCUCGGCUAUUUGAAUGUAUGUUUCGGUCGUCCCCAUUUCCCAUUCUUUUACAACAAAGUAGCUUUGUUAUGCUUCCCAGUCGCCUUCCUAUAUGCCCUUUACCGACUCCCUGCCCCCUACCAUUAUGCCCCUUUUUUAUCUUUAGGCAAGAAAAUUGAUACCAUGAAUUUUCCGCAGACCGAAAAAUACUUGACUAUAACACACGCAAUCUGCAUGGUUCUGCUAUAUCCCAAUGUCCCUAUUUCAUGAACAUCGAGGCAGUGACAAAGUCAAGAAAGUUUCCAAGGUUACUUUUAAAAGUCAACUCCUCGCAACCGAAUCAUUCGUAAAUUCUUUUUUAGUUUAACUUUGAAAGGAAUACAAAUUGAAAUUCAUGGAGUUUUCACUUUGGCUGAAGCAGCACAUGAAUGCAAAGAUCGCACUAUUUCAAGAUAUCACUUUCAAGAUAUCACAAGAUAUCACUAGUCGAGUGACUUGGCAUUAAACAAUAGCGAACCUCCCCAGCCAAGCCUCUAGCUUUACAAAUCGUCUAUUGAAUUUCUUUUGUUUCAAGUGUGAAGCUUUUGAAAUUCUAGUAUUUGCAAGAGAAAUAUUUUUUGUAGCUUCGUUAUUCAGCCGAUUUUUUCGUUGAAUUGUGAAAUGAUGAACUGAGACAUUAA